GAUAAUGUCGAAUUUGAGCUCACCCUUCGAAAACGUCUCCGUCAACAGAGCCUGGAGCGAGAAUUGGGAAAACUACAGCGUGGCAUUUUGGGUAAUCAAAGUACUCAUUGCCAUAGCAACAGUUGUUGGGAAUGGUUUCGUAAUKUAUUUGAUAGUGACACGUAGAAAACUCCACACUACAGAUAACUGGUUUAUCCUGUCACUAAGCCUGUCAGACCUGUUUGUUGGUCUUUACAUCACRCCAUCAGAGCUGUUCUGCCAACUCAUUGGUGCCUGCAUAGAAAAUAGCUUCGUYAGAUUGGCUUUCCCGAACUUCGUUAUCAUAGCUUCAAUUUUUAAUCUGUGUGUUYUAACSGUWGAUCGYUACAUCGCRAUUUUGUAUCCGUUACAUUAUGUCACGCUUAUGACGUCGUCGCGCGUGAAACAGCUGAUAUUUGUCGCUUGGUUSAUUCCAGCUCUCAUCACYAUAGUAACACUACUGCCUCUAGUGAUCCAAGAACUCUUGUAUGUCAAUCAUUACCUGACUAUUUUAUGGAUUAUAUUGAUCACCGUGAUACCUUCAUUAGCUCUCGUCCUCAUGUACAUGCGUAUUUAUAUCGUUGUAAAAAAGCAACAAAGACGAGACGCUCAGMGAAGGUAUUUGUCGUCCGCRUCGCUAAGAAACGCACAUGUGAAACAGCGGUCACGUGAUCGAUCAUCGGUUAACAUGUUGGGCGUGGUCAUCUUGUUUUUUGUGCUCUGUUGGCAGCCGUCAGUUUACAGGGCGAUUUGCGAGGAUUUUAAACAAUGUCACGUGACCAGUCGCRUGCARCAGUUCGCGCGUGUUCUGAUCCUUGUGAACUCUUCUAUCAAUUUUGUGGUUUAUGCGCUCUUAAAAAGGGACCUUCGUAAGGAGUUCUUGAAAAUAUGCAAGAAAAUAGUGCGGGAGAGAAGUCAUUCGACUAACAGUGGCCGAUCCGCCUCAAGUGGUCUGUCGGCGACAUCCGUUCGAUAUUUUCAUAAGGUUUCUACAUCUAGCAGAGAGAUGGUUGGUGUGUUUAUUGGUAGUACUAGGACACUGUACCCUACUGAUCAAAUUGGACAACAGGUCUAGCGCGUGUGAUAUUUUCAUAAGGUUUAAUUUCUACUUCACGUAUAGAGAUGAUUAGUGUGUGUAUCACUAGCAGAACAAUUCAGUUGUGAUACUCAGUGAUAGUAUUUAACUGCAGUUAUACCGGAAGAAUGAAAUCAUUAUUGUAU